AUGUCGUCUUUUUAUUUUGAAACAAAUAUUGAUACAGUUUCAAAUCCUCCAUCAUUGAUUGGUACUCAAAAUCACUCAGUCGCACAUUUGGCCAAACUCCCUUCCUUUGCAGAGCCAAUAUCAAACAUAACAGUUCCAGUUGGAAGAGAAGCAAUCUUGCAGUGCACCAUUGAUGACUUAGACAAUUAUAAGGUAGCAUGGAUAAAAGUGGACACAGAAACUCUUCUAAGUUACCACACAUACGUGAUACCAAGAGACAGUCGCUUAAAAGUUUCUAAUAGCAACAGUGAUCGCCAAUGGGACUUACAUAUCAGGAAUGUUGAUGUCUCGGAUCGAGGUUUCUACAUGUGCCAAAUAAAUACAGAGCCAAUGAUUAAUCAAGAAGGAUUCCUGGAUGUCACUGUUCCUCCUUCGAUUGUGGAAGAAUCUACGUCAACUGAUAUGACCGUUGACGAGAGGUCGAGAGUAAGCUUAAGAUGUAGAGCUGCAGGUUAUCCUGCGCCAAGAGUAUCUUGGAGACGAGAAGAUGGCAAAGAAAUCAACCUUGGGCCAAUGGGUGCACAGAAAACCUCUGUGCUCCGUGUGGAAGGGGAGUUCUUAAAUCUGACACAAGUUAUGAGAGAAGACAUGGGUGCAUAUCUAUGCAUUGCAACUAACGGCGUACCACCAUCGGUGAGCAAAAGGAUACUUUUACAAGUAAACUUUCAACCGAAAAUUAGAGUCAGCAAUCAAAUGGUGGGAGCUGUAAUUCGCAAUGACGUCAUUUUGGGCUGUCGACUUGAAGCCUCUCCUCGACCACUUACAUCAUGGAUCCGGAAUGACGGUGUCAUUCUUUUGAAUAAUAAAAAGUAUGAAAUCACGGAAGAAGCUGAUUCUUACAGAAUCCACAUGCAGCUAAAAAUUAAAAACCUGGAUGAGAAAGAUUUUGGUCACUACAAGUGUGUAGCAAAAAAUACUCUCGGGGAUAAAGAGGGAUUCGUGAGACUUAUAGAAAUCAAUCCUCCAACAAGUAUCCCUCAAUCAACUCAAUCUAGUGAAUACUACGUUCCAGUACAAAGAGGAGCUAAUGAGCCAAAAAACGAUUCCAAGAAAGGGUACGGAAUACCAGCUCCCAAUUCCCUUAGAGAUGAAUCCCAAAAUCUGUCUUCAGAAGAAAAACAGAGUUCAUCCAAAGAUAGCAAUGUAGAGGAUGAAAAGCUCCGAUGGAAGCAAAAUCAAAUACCAACAACUGGAAACGAAGAUGGUAAAUAG